UUUCGCCUGCCCCACGCACCAGACCUUGCCACGCCCGCCGCUCCGGCUCCCCGAUCGUCCGUCCAGUCACCACCGCGCCGGCAUUGCCAGCCACCGGCCGUGCGUGGCGUCGGCGCGCGCCCGAACCGAUGCCGCCCAUGCCACGCGCCGGCCGGCUCCUGCUCUGCGUCGCCACGGUGGCCGCGGUGGCGUCGGGCGUGGACGGGCACACGCGGGGCGUGCGGCCGGGGCGGGCGGCGGGGCGGCCGUUCCCGGAGAACGCGACGCGCGCGGAGGAGCUGGAGCGGCUGUUCAUGCGGUGGGUGCGCUACGUGGGCGGCCUCAAGCACAGCACGUUCCACCACGCGCCGCUCGCCCGCGCGUUCCCGUCCUACUCGCUCGUCGUCGACAAGGACCCCGCGGCCGGCGACUUCACGUCCGUCCAGGCCGCCGUCGACUCGCUCCCGACCAUCAACCUCGUCCGCGUCGUCAUCAAGGUCAACGCCGGCACCUACACGGAGAAGGUGACGAUAUCGUCGAUGCGCGCGUUCAUCACCCUGGAGGGCGCCGGCGCGGACAAGACGAUCGUGCAGUGGGGCGACACCGCGGACACGCCCGCCGGGCCGAGGGGGCGCCCGCUCGGCACGUACGGCUCGGCGUCGUUCGCCGUGAACGCGCAGUACUUCAUCGCCAGGAACAUCACCUUCAAGGUACGUAACUCUCCGUCACCGCCGCUGUCCCCGCUGCUCGGUGCUUCAUGUCCUAAUACACGCUUGCGUUGGCAGAACACGGCGCCGGUGCCGCCGGCGGGGGCGACUGGGAAGCAGGCGGUGGCGCUGCGGGUGUCGGCGGACAACGCGGCGUUCGUGGGGUGCCGGUUCCUGGGCGCGCAGGACACGCUCUACGACCAGUCGGGGCGCCACUACUACAAGGACUGCUACAUCGAGGGGUCCAUCGACUUCAUCUUCGGCAACGCGCUCUCCCUCUACGAGGGUUGCCACGUGCACGCGAUCGCGCGGGACUACGGGGCGCUGACGGCGCAGAACCGGCAGAGCAUGCUGGAGGACACGGGGUUCUCGUUCGUCGGCUGCAGGGUGACGGGGUCGGGGGCGCUCUACCUGGGCCGGGCCUGGGGCACCUUCUCCCGCGUCGUCUUCGCCUACACCUACAUGGACGACAUCAUCGUCCCGCGCGGCUGGUACAACUGGGGCGACCCCAGCCGCGAGCUGACGGUGUUCUACGGGCAGUACAAGUGCACGGGCCCCGGCGCGAGCUACUCCGGCAGGGUGUCGUGGUCGCGGGAGCUCACCGACGAGGAGGCCAAGCCCUUCAUCUCCCUCAGCUUCAUCGACGGCACCGAGUGGAUCAGGAUCUGACCGGGGUCGCGUUCCAUGUAGUAACACGCACACACGGGCGGCACACACGUCGUCAUGUAAAGAAGAGGGAGUGGAAAGACAAAGUGGGUGAAUUUAUACAGAUUCUUUUGCAGUCUUCUUUUGGGCGGGGAGUGCGUUUUUUCAACCCGGACAGGGUCCGUGCAGCACGGUCCUCGCUCGGGCCCUCGCUGGAAAUGCAGGGAAGGCAUGAUAAUCCGUAUUUUCGGAGCAAGUACCCGAAUAGUAUUAGGCUAAUCCGUUGCUCAUGAACAAGAUUAGAAGAUAAGUGCCCCUGACAAUCUAAUUGACCAAUGUUGUUAA